ACUAACCAAUGCCUGAUAGUCGAUAUAUAUAGAAAGAAAGGAAUAUGAAGAAUAAUCAUCUGGAAUUUUCGUUUCGCAGCAGAUAUGCAAUUCUUUCUCGUAAACACCACAGAUUAGACAGGUCACGGACGAAAGCGGGAGGAUUGCUACGUCGUUAUUUUCUGACAAAUUGAACGCCAUGGCCCAGAUGGUAUAUAAUUCCCUAGCAACAAUAAUGAUAUUUCUAUUGUUACGAGGAGGACACUCUCUCGUGGAUAACUGCGAGACAAAGGAAAUCGAGAUAAACAUCGUCCGCUCGCUGACCGUACAGUUCGCUGGAAGUCCCCGCAAUGCCGUCUGUGUGGCUAACGUCCUAGUCAAUGAGUGUGAUGGCAUGUGCGUUUCACGAGUAACUCCAAGUGUUUCUCAGUUUCCAGGAUUUGACAAAAUCUGUAAAUGCUGCAGUGAAACCAGCCUGAUUUCCAGAGAGAUCACUCUCACAGAAUGUCGUGAUGGACACCAAAUCCUGGACGGGGUGCAUCCUACAACUUUCUUUUCUCAACCUGCUAACUGUGCUUGUCAACCUUGUCAAAACUAAAUAGUCGCAGAAGGCAUAAACAUGGCUUUGAAGUAAUAAUAACGAAAUUCAGAAAUCGAAAUAAUUGAGAAUGUACAAUUUCUGGAAAAUAUAUUUGACAUCGAGACUGAAAUAUUUGUUUCAAAACAGUUAUCAAUACAUUAUGAAAGAAAAAA